AUGGCGCGCGCGUCCCGGACGCGACGGGAGGAGCGCGCGGUGAACGACGAGGCGCUCGUCGCGACGUUUCGUGAACUCGAGCGCGAGCUCGUGGGCAAGGCGCGAGAGUGCGCGCGCGCGGUCGAGGCGAACGCGCGCCGACGCGACGCGCAGGGUGAGGAGAGCGUUCGGGUGCAGUGGGAAGAGACGGAGCGAUGGCGAGCGUGGUGCGCGAGGGCGAGGAUGCAGACGUUGCGAUGCGUCGACGCGCUCGCGCGCCGCGCGCAAACCGAAUCGACGAGACGCGCGCUUCGACGAUGGCGCGAGGCGAUGAAGGAGGCAAAUGAGGAACGCCGCGUAGAAAUCACAAGAAGGCGUGAAGUCCAGCGUUCGGUUUUCGCGUCUUGGCGCUCGCUGGGGCGGAGCGCGCGUUUGAGAGCCGCUCGCGCGAAUUCAGAGGCAACGUUGACUCGCGAGACGACGUUUUACGACGCGCGAUGCGAUGACGCCGUGGCGAAGCUCGCUCCACGUUCCGAUGCGCGCGUAAAACGUCACACGAGAUCCGUAGAGAGCUCAGAGUCCGAAGUUCGGCGGGCCUUCAUGCGAGGCGUAUGCGUGUUGAAUCUCGAAGCGGCGAGAGUUUUGUAA